CAUCUUCUCAUCCCAGCAACUAGCAGCGGCUUGUACCUUUGUCGCCUGCUAUUAUCGGCAGCAAUUCUGAACUACCCGACUCCUGUCUUGAUAAACUGGGAAGGGAAAGGUGAAUUCGACGCCAGCAUAUCGCAUCUGGCCAAAGUCAGAGGACUGGCGAAGCAUCUGGAUUCCUUCCCGCCAGAAAGAGAUCAAGAUCUCGUCCUCAUCAUCGACGGCUUCGACGUCUGGCUGCAGCUACGACCGGAGGUCAUGAUCCAGAGGUACUAUGCCACAAUCCACGAGCACAAGGAAAGACUGGAGGCAAGAUUUGGACGAGAAGCUAUCGAAAAACACAAUUUCAAAGACACCCUCAUCUUCGGAUCGGACAAGACCUGCUGGCCUCCAGACUGGUGGCGCCCCGCAUGCUGGGCGGUUCCCGAAUCGACAAUACCGCUCAACGCCUUAGGCCCCAAGACGGACGUCGCAAUUGAUGGCCACACCUUCAUGCACGUACGUCCUCGCUGGCUCAACUCAGGCACCGUCAUUGGGCCUGUAAAGGAUAUGCGGCGGAUGAUGAACGCGACCUUGGACUUUAUCUCCAAAACGUACAAAGAAGACCAUGGGGCCAAGAACUCGGACCAGAUGUACAUGGCAGACUUGUGGGGCAUACAAGAAUAUGCGCGCUCCUUGAAGGAUCUCGACGAUUCUGCCUUGAGCAGGGGACCGCUUGAUAGAAGGAUACCCGAGCUGCCCGCUGGACAGGAAACAGAGUAUCACAUUUCCGUGGACUACGAGUCGAAAAUGUUCCAGACAAACGCGGGUAUGAAGGAUUUCACCGCGUGGAUGAAGCAUGAUCUCGACGACUGGUCUGCGCCUGGUGAGCAACAGGUAGCUUUCCAGCCAUACAACGUGCGACUCCAAGCAGACGUUGCGAACUCCCGCGGACCAUUUGCCGCCGGUAAGAUGGGAAAAGCUGAAGAUAACCGCCUUCCAGUCAACAUGUCAUGGAAGGACGUGCCACUUGGAUUCAACAGCAUCACUGACCAAAUAUUCCCGUUAUUGCACAUGACUGGAAAUAAGGCAUACAUCGACCUCUGGUGGAACAGGCUAUGGUUCCAUCCUCAUUCGGAAGAAUUGCUCAAAGCCUCGAAAGCGAUGCCAAAGGGGCCAGUGGUCAAGACAGAGGAUGGACGGUCAUGGUUGAUGGCCGAAGAACCAGGGGCCAAGAUGGCCCUAGAAAAGGCAUCCAAUGGUGAGGAUGGUAAAGGCGGCGUGUGGAGUGAUCAAGGGCAGUGGCUUGCGUGGAACAAGCUGUGCUCGGCGGUUGAUCAGGACCAAUUGUUUCUCAAAGAGGCUAGCGGUUAG